AUGAAUAUAAAACCCGGUUUUAUGCGUGAAGGUCAAGGUUUUGAUUGUGGUCUUAAUUGGAAAAGAAUAGAUAUUGAAAGUCAUAUAUAUAUGUUAUUAGCUUUUAUAUUUAUCUAUUUUUUACCAUUAUUUUGUUUAUUAUAUACACAUAUUCGUAUGUUAAUAGCAAUACGUAAACUUGUCUAUCGACGAUAUCCAAUAAUAUCUCAAACUACGAAAACAAUGUCAAUUGAUAUGCGUCAUAGAUUUUUUCAUAUGUUUACCAUUGCUGAAAGUAAUCGUCUUAAACGUCUUCGAAUUGAUCGAAGAUUUGCUCGAGCAACAAUGAUUACUGUAUUCUAUUAUAUAUUAGCUUGGACACCCUAUGCAAUAUGUGGUAUAUUACAAAUCAUUUUUGCUAUGAAAUAUAUUCAUUAUCAACUUCCAUCUAUGCUAUUAACAUUAUCAGCAUUAAUAGCAAAAAUGGCAGUUAUUGGACAAUCAUGUAUUUAUUUCUAUACUAUACAACCAGCAAAUAAACGAUUUUCAUUAACAUCAGCAACUUUAAAAUAA